AUGGCUGAACCUGGCUGUGAGACCUCUUCUGAGGAGAGCCUGGGCACCGAGGAGCCCAUGGCAGCGGACCCGAAGAGUCCAAAGCAGGAGCAGCCAAGGCGCCGCGGGCGCCGCCGUGGCCGCCGUGGUGGCCGCUGCCCCGACAGCUUUGCCACCUACUUCCCCAGGGUUCUGAAGCAAGUUCACGAGGGCCUGAGCCUCUCGCAGCAGGCCGUGAGCGUCAUGGAUUCGUUCGUCAAGGACAUGUUCGAGCGCAUCGUCGACGAGGCGUCUCGCCUGGCCCGCUCCACCCAGCGCUCCACCAUCACCUCGGGGGAGAUCCAGACAGCCGUGCGCCUGCUGCUGCCCGGGGAGAUUGGCAAGCACGCCGCGUCCGAGGCCACCAAGGCUGUCAUCAGGUUCAACAGACGCGAAUGA